AUGGCUUCCACUCUUCUCAAGCUUACCACCACUCUCCUACUCCUAUCUUUUCACUCCCAUUUAUCCUUCUCAUCAAAUGAUAUUGAAGACAAUGAAGAGUAUGUAGUUGACUCCCCAUUGGCCAAUCUCAGAUCAAGAAGCCGGUUUUUGGCGACUGUAAUAAAGGAAGGUGCACAAUGUAAUUCCAUCACUCGCAAUGUGUGUAAUGGGAUGUCGGCAAACAAGGGGGCGAGCCUUCUCCAUUGCUGCAAGAAGCAUUGCAGAAACGUUCUUGGGGAUAAGAACAACUGCGGGCGAUGUGGGAAUAAGUGCAAGCAAGGACAGCGUUGUUGCAAUGGAGCCUGCAUCAACACUGCCUUCAAUGUUAAUCAUUGUGGCAAGUGCAAUAAGAAGUGUGCUCAUGGCCUUAGAUGCGAGUAUGGAUAUUGUGGGUACGCUUGA